UAAAAAUUACUUUAUUAUAGACAAUGCAUUUUAAUUUUAUGUGCCAUGAGGAAUAUCCUAGUAUUUGUUGGUUUGAGAAAACUCACAGACUGACAGAGAAUGAGAGAUGUGUAUGACAACGAUAUAUUCAGUGCCGAUUGAUUUGUGUGAAUCUAAUGAAGAUGCUGAUGGGUCGCUACAGAGAUUUGACUCAAUAAUCACAGAUUUUAUGAGGGAACAGAGAAUACCUGGUGGCUCUAUAGCUGUGUCAUAUAAUGGUCGAGUCAUCCACCGACAAGGAUAUGGUAUGACUGGCUGUGGAGAGAGAUGCCUUUCAACUUCCUACUACAGAAUUGCCAGCAUUUCAAAGACCAUCACAGCUAUUGCUAUGAUGCAACUAAUAGAACAACACAAACUCCACUUAAAUGAUAGAAUAUUUUGCAGGAAAGGGAAAGGAAUAUUGAAAAAUUUCAAGCCAGUUGGACCCAGUGUUAAAGCUCUAGAGAGUAUUACAGUACAACAUCUGUUGGAGCACUCAGGUGGUUGGGACAGAGAAACAGGGGUGGAUCCAGUGUAUAUCCCUCCCCAAACUGUCUGUCCACUGGGUGACCAAGAGUCCAUAUCCCCAGAGGAGCUCCUUACUAAUUAUCAUGUCAAUCUUAUUCAGUAUAUGAUAAAACAGAAGCUUGAUUUUAAACCCGGAACGCGACAUGGUUACUCAAAUUUUGGAUACCUGGUGCUUGGACAUGUGAUAGAAAAAAUUACAGGGAUUCCUUACCAUAUCUAUAUUCAUGAUGUCAUCAACAAAGCAGGAGAUAUUGAUUUGUUGGUAUAUGAGGGAGAUGAACUCCACAGACUGCAUCCAAAUGAAGUAAGAUAUUUUGAUAACAGUGAUAGCACCCUUCCCAGUAUCUUGCCUUAUCAAGGAGAAAUAUGGACCAUGCAGUAUGGGGGAUUCCACAUGCAGGGAACGGGUUCCUAUGGAGGUCUGGUUGCCUCCCCUCUACAACUGUUGACACUUCUCUCAACACUGGACAUGGAGCAUUGGAAAGGAAACCCAAUAUUAUCAGAGGAGUCUAUAUCCCGGAUGCUGGCAUGCCCAAAGUUUGAAAAAGGAAGUGAAUGGUAUGGACUAGGACUUGAUGUUGAGGAUGAAGGUCAAACCUGGGGUCAUACUGGCUACAUGGAUGGGACCACAACCACAUUCAGGAGAGACAAGAGUGGAUAUUCAUGGGUCUUGUUGUUCAAUGCUGGAGCAACUGACCAAGAUCUAGAUGGACUCAUCAGAUUUGCUCUGUCAUCUCUUCAACUUUCUUCAAACUUGAGUGGUCUAAAAUAUAUGGGAGAAAAUGUUAGGAACUUUGAGAUAUCAUCCAAGGAUGGGGCUCAAGUGUAUCAUAUUUUAAUACCGUUAAGGGAUGUAGAUGGAUUAGCUUGUGCUAUGAAAUCCAAGGGAUAUUACAUGCAGGACAUUGAUUUGGUCGAGUAUGAAAAUGAAUAUUACAUCAACAUGAUUUGGAAUUUGAAUGAGGCAAAUGUUGAUUGGUUUUAUAAGAUUUAUCAUAAUGUUGUUAUUGAUGACUCAAGCACAGAAAAGGAUAUGAAUAAUCACAUCAGUAAUGGUUUCAGAAUCCAUUUGUUAUCAAUAUGUACAGAUGCAAUGCAUCAGAGUGAUAUUUAUACAGCUGUUAUUUACACGAAACAACAUGAUAUUUGUGGACAAUUUACACAACACAUAACAUUCAUGCGUGAAAUUUUUGAACACACAAAUCUAGAUUUACAAAGCCAUGGUGAUAUUAUUAUUUGUUCUGUGUGUUUUUAUUUAGAAAAAAUGUAUGUUUCUAUAGUAUUGGAGAAGUUUAAUUCUAAAACAGAUAAUCUAUUACUGAGUAACAAUGGCGGGAAAAAAAGAUCAUAUCCUACAGAAGUCAUGUGUAGCCAAAAGCUGAACAUUUCAAUACAUGGAACCAAAUAUGAUCAUCCAACAUAUGGAACUAAUAUGGAUUCAACAUUUGGAUCCCAAAGACCAUUUAAUUCUGAAAGAAUGAGGAAAAAGAGAAUAAAAAAUUGUUCAGAUGCUGAAGUAAAUAAUUCUUCAAUCAAACCAAGAAACUUUGAUGUGGGAGAAAAGCCCAGUACUUGGGUCAGAAAGGACAUGUCUGAGGAUGAAUUUUUAGAUGAACUGCGGCUUCAAGCAUUGGAUCAUUAUGGCUUGAUUUUUUUCCAAAUAUACAAAAUCCCUCAGAGGAAGAAUAUGCUGAUAAGUGCAGUUUGGUCAAAGUUAAAAGUCAAUGAAUGUUAUCAGAGAAUUGGAGCCUCUAGGUUCAGUUUUAUGAAUGAAUUAAUGGAGAGUUCAGGGGAGAUUACUCCGUUGGAGAGAAUUAGAGCUUAUUCUGAGGAUGGUGUACUGUUGUUUGCAGGCAUCUGGACAGCAGGGAAAUUCAAAGCUACAUGUAAGAAGUCUAAAAGAGGAGGUUCCCAUCAGUCUCCAAAAACAAUUAAAAGACCUGGAGCUUUAAGGCAUCUUAGCAUAGAUUGA